AUGCGGUCCUUAAAAUUGUCGAAUCGACUCCUACAGGCGGUGAUACUCUUUGGGCAAGCGGCUACGCCCUUUAUGAAAAAUUAACACUUACGUUUCGCAGUUACUUGAAACAUUGACUGGUGUGUAUUCUCAACCGGGACUUAAAAAGGCUGCUGAAGGCAAGUUUGAAAUCUAUUCUGGAGUAAGAGGUGCACCAGAGAAUGUAGGUGAUGAAUUAGCUGCAAUCCAUCCUCUUGUGCGUACUAACCCCGUUACUGGUUGGAAGUCUAUUUUCAGUAUAGGGCAGCAUUUUACAUCUAUAAAUGGACUUUCUGAUUCAGAAAGUGCACUUAUUAAAGAUUAUCUCAGCGAAUUAUUAUAUGGUAGUCAUGAUAUUCAAGUAAGAUUUCGCUGGAAUAAGAACGAUGUUGCAAUUUGGGAUAAUAGAUCUGUAUACCAUACUGCUACUAAUGAUUAUUUCGACGAUGCUUUCGAACGUACUGGUGUGAGAACAGUCGGAAUUGGCGAGCGUCCGUAUUUAGAUGCAAAUAGUACAAGUCGAGAUGAAGCCCUUAAUUAA